CAAUUUUAUGUUUCUUUAAGAAGUCCUUUCUCAAGUAGAUUUAACGUUCCUUUACAUUACAUUAUAGGUAUAUAGGAAGCAUAUAUCAUUUGGUCCAUUAAAAUUCUCUGAACUUGAAUGAGAAUAGACACUCUCAGAAAGAAACAAGAUCGAACAACAAAGUUGCCUAACAACAUGGCUUUCAUGUUCCUCAAGAUGUUCAGCAUCCUCUUUCUUCUGAUUUCAGCAUCAUUUUUCUCAUCCUCUUUCGCAGCAGGUCGAAAAUCGAAGUUUGUCAACAAGUUGGCCAAAGAAGUGGAUGCAAACACAGAGGAAAUGCUAGGGAAGCCAUUGAACCACGAAGAAGUAGCUAGAAUCCAUGAAAGGCUUCUUAGAUCUAACACCAAAGACUAUGGACGAUAUGAUCCAGCACCUGCUCUUGUUAAGCCUCCUUUCAAGCUCAUUCCCAACUGAGAUGAUCGUGAUGGCUUAGCGUUUUAGCCUUCGGCGUUUGCAGUCGGAUUAGUGACUUAAUUAUAUUAAUUAAAUAAAUGAAGUAGCUUCUGUGUACCCACUACUAUAAAAGAAAUCCUAGCUAGUGUAAUUAUGUGAGAUAUAUAUAGACAUAUAUACUAAGUUUUGAAGUGUAAUAUUGUAUUUUAAUUAAGUCAUAAGAAGAAUGAUGUUUUAUGUGUGUAGGGCAUUUAUUUUCACCUAUAUAUGUCUGCGUGAACUGAAUUAUGACCAAUCUAUAUGUGUAAUUCUGGGAACUCA